GUAUAUAUAUUGCGACGUCUUCGGGCAGUAGAAGCCACACUGUCAAAAUUGAAUGCGAAAUUUUCUAGUUGUGUUAUAAAGCUUCAUGCAGUGUUUUGUCUGAAUUAAACUUCUUGGUUUCCAUUUGAUUAUUCCAUAAUGUCCCAGGACUCUCUCUCUGUCUUUCUCUCUGUUCUCUGUACUGUUUAUCCUUUCCCUCACCCAUCUCUCUGUUUUCUCCCUUCUCUCAACACACACACACAAACAUCGACCCUUCAAACACUAACCCACAUGACACACACACACACACACACCUGUCUUCCUGUCUAUUGAACAGGAAGUUGAAGCUGGAGAGCGAGUUGGCCGCUCAGCUGUGGAGAGUUUCAUGGGACGACGUCCAGAUGAGCAACCUGGAUAAAGUCCUGAGGAGAGCCUGCAGCAGACUCACGAUGUCACUGAAAGGAUCUAACUGCGGCUCUCUGAUUACUAUGGAGGGGAACUUCCAGAUCUACACCAAAACUGGAUACUACAAGGGAAACCUGGCAGCUAUCAAGUAUAUCAACAAGAAACGGAUCGAACUGACCAGGAAGGUCCUGUUUGAACUAAAACAUAUGCGAGAUGUUCAGAAUGAGCACCUGACACGCUUCAUUGGCGCCUGCAUUGAUCCACCAAACAAAUGCAUCAUCACAGAGUAUUGUCCCAGAGGCAGCCUACAGGUACAAUACACCUAACUCUUUACCCCUCGAACAACCCGUCGACGAACCCGUCUACCAACAAUUUAUACCCUUUAUACCCUCUGUCAGCCCUUUAUUCCUCGUUAUACCCCAUGUCAGCCGUUUAUUCCUCGUUGUACCCCUUUGACAGCCAUUUAUUCCUCGUUA